AUGGCCAUGUCGAAUAUGGUCAUUGUGACAUGGAGUAUGCUCAUUGCCCUGUCAAUGUGUGUUUGGAGUGGCAAGUCCGAGGAGGUUUGCGAAUCAGAGGAGGUGACCUUCCUUUCAACGCAUCACCGCUCUCUGGAAGACUGGGGCCCCAUCCGGCGCAAUUCUCACAGCACUUACCCAAGUAUUCUCGAUGGCGAGCUAGUGCCCAGCGCAGCACUUUGUGCAAACUUCGCACUGGGAGGGGUCUGUGCGGCCGACAACAUGAGUGUCACUUUGGGCAUUGACCACACUUGGCUGGCAGAUUUGAUCAUUUGGAUCGAGAAUCCGGCCGGGAAUGUCUCACGGCUUCUCGAAGGCAAUGGAGGAGCCAGGGAUUUGAUCUCUACCAGUCCAGUCACAUUUGAGAGCUCCGCCGGUGCUCCGGCAUCGGACAUAGGUCUUUCAUUUUUGAAUGCUGUCCGACCGUUUGACGACGGCUUGGAUGCCUUGGCAACAAGCCCAAACGGAAACUGGUCAUUCUGCAUUGGAGAUCGGUGGGGUGGGGAUAUUGGGACCUUCGUUUCUUUCAGUUUGAACCUUCCUGCUGCCGGUCCGUCUUCCAACACCAUUUCCGGCGCAGCCAUGUCCUCCACACCAGAGGUCAUCAAGGUGCACUUUGAGUUCCAGGCUCCAACUGGCCCACCAAAAGUCCCAGACCCCGCUGACGUGGAAAAGAAGAAGGAAUCAGCCGGGCAAUAA